ACAAAACAAUGGGAUUUGAAGUCAGUUCGGUUCUCAACAGUAGUGAAGAUUAAGGUUUGCACUUUUCUUUACGUCUACUGCCUUAAAAAAAAACACAGGGACUGCCGGUUGUUUUUAUAUCAAAUAGCCAGCGAGCUAACAGUGUGCUCGAGAGAGAGCGGCGAGAAUUAAGCUUGGAGUCGAGCUGCUAGAUUAGACGUUAUGGUAGUUCCAAUUCACAAAAGAUAAUCACAACCGGACUGAAAAGUGUUGUUGAUCGUGUUAUUGCGGCUACUGUCUGCGACGCCUCAAAGCAGCCUGUCUGUUCAGGUCGUUCAGCAAAAACAUCGUCCUCUCUGAUCAUUUACUUCAUUUGCAAUACAAAACGGUGUCAAACCAGUGAAAAAUAGUCCCCACAUGGCGAUGGAAAACCGAUUUACAUGUUAUUUGGGUGAAAUCAAGAAUUAAAAGAUCGUCAAAGGGUGAGUUAUGCAGUUGUUCUUAAUGUCAACGAAAUGAUAUGCUAAAUAUCACGCUUCACUAACUUUUGAACAUCACGACAAUCGUAAAUCUUAAAUAGAGCUCAUCUAGUUCAGUGAUCAAUGAUUCUGCUCGAAAUACGAACAGAUGAAACCUAAAAUGUUGUGGAAUGUUCUUGAAAAGUAUUCAGUUUGGAGAGAGUCCCUAAAUACUUCACCUGGAAUCCAAUCUUUUACGUUAUAAAUUUAGCCAAUAUCUGCCUUUCGAUUCUCUUAUUACUGACCUUGAAUCUUAUUAUGUUUAUAUUAAGUAAUGCUCCGACAAGAAACACUGAAUUGAUACCGGUAAAAAAACGAAAAUUUCCAACCUACGCAAGGUGAGUACUGAGUAGUUUUAUUUAAAUAAUGGUUGAGUCUGAACUACUUUAUUAGGUCCAGAAAGAAUUUUUUUUAAAGAGGAGGGAGUCAUAUUUGGCGAUUUUUUUUCACCGAUCGCGAUGAAAGCGAUCGCCGGCGAAAAUUGCAAUCGCUGCACCGAGCGCCUUUUUAUACACAAUCGGCAAAUAAAAUCGCUAACUAAGUGUGUAGCUGGCUUCAUACCAUCUAAAACAAUGUCAUGUCGAAACUACAAUACAGGCGCUGUACUUUAGAACUAAGUGAUCUUUCGGAUGAGGAGCAAGUGAUUCAGGCAAGGUAAAUUCUUUACAUUCGUGGUUUCUCGCCCCUGCGUAUUGAAAUGUGAUGAUGCAAGAUUAUGAAAGUCAGACCCACAUAUUUCAUACCUGUCACCUUUACCGACUGAAGAGAGAAUCACAAGUAAAAAUAAGGUGUCCUAUAGCUCUAGAUACUAUCGGAAUGUCGGUAGUUUGACUUUAUUUCAAAAUCGAACAUACCUGUUUCUAUUAGAGUGAGGAAAAUUGAGGAUCUAUUUCUUUUAAGAGCGGAAACUUCAAGGGGGGUUCGGGUUGUUGACUAUUUUAAAGAUAGCUUAGCGCAAAGAAUACUACAAAAAUCCAUUUGGGAUGAUGAUAAAUGCGACUCCAGUGCAAAUACUUAAGUCUCUAAAAGAAGAGAAAAUUUUCAGACCACUGAAUCGUUAAAACAGAUUUUGUGGAAAUUUGAUUGUCUAUUAGAAAAGUAACGCGUAGGAAACUUGGACUUCCAUGACAGUAGACUUGCUCAGGGGCGAAAAAAAAAGGGUGCUCUAGCGCACUAAACGAGAACUAUGGAUUGGUUGUUUGUUACAUAUGCUUAUAUAUAUUGUUUUAAGAAACGCGACCUAAAGACAUGCGGAAAAUAAGUAAAGUUAUUCAGCAUGGACCAGACAGUUUGUUUUCAUGGUUCGUUUGCGUUUGCGCCUCUGUGUGUCAAGGAUUGAACAUUGGUUUUGCAGUUAGCUAUGGGAUAUUGCUUCCUGAAGUUAUGAAGGAGUUUGAGGAAAGCCGGCAAAAAACUGUUUGGGUCGGAUCUCUUGCAUUUGGAUUGACAUUUUUCCUUGGUCCACUGACGUCGUUUGUCUGCCAAACGAUUGGAUGUCGCUUCCCCGCCAUACUUGGAUGCCUUCUGUGUGGUACAAGCUUUUUCCUAACUGCUCACGCGACCAGUCUUCAGUGGAUGUUUCACACAUAUGGCUGUUUGUAUGGUCUGGGUUCUUCAUUACUAUUUGCGUCUUACUUUCUCAUAACAGCAAAGAACUUUAUUAAGUGGCGGUUUCUCGCAGUGGGGAUCGUUUCAGUCGGCGGCAGCAUUGGAGUCUUAAUCCUAGGCCCAGUCCUCCAGCUCCUAAUAGACAAUCUGGGUUGGAGAGGAACAUACAGGAUGAUGAGUAUACCGUUUUUUGUGAUGGCGUGUAUUUGCGGUGCUACAUUUGGUCAUCCUGUUGACAACUUUUCGAAACCCGUAGAGUCUGCCAUGUUUCUGAUGGAAAUAGAUACAAUGAAGAAAGAUUUUGAAAUUUCAGUAAAUGAGACACAUCGAAGGAACGCCUAUUUACAAACAAAGAGAGAUUCCAUUAAUAAAGAUCGCUAUCAAGGGGAGCAAAACUUUCAUCCAACUAGAUCUAUGCAAGCCGAGGAACUCAAAGCUAGGUACCUUGAGAAGAAGAACAGUGAGAAUUCAAGUGAGAUGAGAACACUACGAAAGCUGCUGGACUUGUCUGUAUUCAAGGUUCCUUCUUACACUGUAGCGAUGAUAAGUCUUCUGUUAAUGAAUUUUGGACAUUUUGUACCUCAAUUAUACUUAGUAAAAUAUUGCCUGGACCUUGGCAUAUCUGCUGAUUCAGCCUCCAAGCUUUUUAUUCUUCUUGGUCUAUCAUCCUCCGUUGCCCGUGUUAUAACUGGGAGAAUGUGUGACGUAAAAUGGAUAAAUGUGAUUUAUAUUUACCAGUUUGGAGACCUGCUUAUCGGACUUGUUAUCAUUUCCCUCCCAUUGAUAAAAAGCUAUUCAGGACUUCAAGUUUUUUCGGUAUUUUACGGCGUUGGGGACGGUAUAUUUACCACGACAAUGAACUCCCUCCUUGUGUUUAGUGUGGACGAAGAGCGCCGAGCGGCUGGAUUGGGUCUGGGUAAUAUGUUACUGUCGUUAGGGAUAGUAGCCGGACCUCCCUUUGCAGGAUUCUUGGUGGAUAUGUCUGACUGCUACACCUGGGCAUUUUUUAUGGCUGGUAUUGUGACACAAUUAGCUGGUCUGAUGCCGUUGGUUCUGUUCUGCUUUAAAAAUAAGAAAGCCUGUGGCCCUAAGGAAUAUGAAAUCCGAGAAACGCGCUUGUAACUAAACUAAAUAUUAGAAAUUUUUACCUUGUAGUGGUAUCCGGUCGUUUCGUACCCAAAUGCAGUCGAUUCCUACCCAAGUUUGAGUCAGUACGGACCCAAACCGCUGAUCGACUCAUUCAUUUAUUCGAAAUGCCUCACGUUCCAGCGCGUGAACAGAUGUCAGUCGUUUCAUACGACAACUUAGAAGAGUCGAGCGAGCGAAAUACAAACAAAAAAUCUGUUGUGUAUACUUCUGACCUUCUUGACAUAAACAACUUAAUUAUUGCCUCGCGCAAGGCAGGUGUGCUAUUUUGAUAGAGAAGUCUAUUGUUUAUACUUGUAACUUUUUAAACAAUAAUUAACAAUUAUUCUUUGAAAUCGAGGUGAAUAGUGGCUAAAUA